AUGGCUGGAGCUAAGAAGAGAAAGCAACAGGCUGAAGAGGAUCAUGUGGCUCCCGAGGGAAAGAGACAGGCAAGUGAAGAAGGUGGUAGACCAUCUUCUACAAUCAUCGGUAUCUCUAGAUCUAUAGCGGCCUGCCAAAGGUGUCGUCAGAAAAAGACCAAAUGUGAUCAGAAAUUCCCAAGCUGUGCUAAAUGUGAAAAAGCUGGUGUGCCCUGUGUUGGAUUGGACCCUGCUACGGGGAGACAAGUACCAAGAUCAUAUGUCAUAUAUCUUGAGGAUAAAGUCAACAAUUUGGAAGCUCUGCUGAAACAACAUGGAAUAGAUCCCACACCUGGAAUAUCAAAUCAUUCAUCCCCAGCAAGCUUAGCCCGUACACCAACAUCAACAUCACAGGCUGCUGUCAAUGCUAAAUCAAUCAAGAUGGAAAAAGAUGAUGGAUCAAUUCAAUCUAGUAUGGAUCUUGCAGUACCUUCAACAAGUGACAAUGGAUUAUCAUUUUAUAUCGGUGAUUCUUCAGGUAUAUCAUUUGCUAAACUGUUGUUCACUGCAGUCAAUUUCAAUCCAGGAACUAUCAAUGAGAAUAACUCUAUUACAACUAGAGGUCCAGCUGAAGAACCAAGUCAAAGUUCAAUAACAGGAUUUCCUAUAAAACCAACAGCUGAGUUUUUCCUUAAAACUUUUUUUGAACAAUCAAAUUCUCAAUUACCCAUUCUACAUAGAGAACAUUUCAUUGAUAAUUAUUUUAAACCUGUUUAUGGCAAUUUAUCUUCGAAUAUAACGUUGGCUUCAAAUUACACAAAAAUGAACCUUGAUACAUCACCAAUUGAAGAACACAAUACUUGGUUUUAUAUUCACAACACCACCAAUCCUGAAACUACCCCUUCAGAGUUUCAUAAACCAUUGUUUUUCUUGAAUAUGAUUUUUGCUAUUGCCUCGUCUGUGAAUUUGUUACAAUAUAAUGCGAAAAUAUCAAACUCAUACAAAUUAGAAGCAAUGAAGUAUAUCGAUUCAAUUUAUACUUCUCCAGAUAGAUUGGAAUGUCUACAAGGAUUGUUAUUAUUGACUUUGUAUUCUAUAAUGAGACCUUCAACACCUGGUGUUUGGUAUGUUUUAGGGACAACUUUAAGACUUUGUGUUGAUUUAGGACUUCAUACAGAAAAAUUAAACAAUCAAUUUACUCCAUUUGUUAAAGAUUUAAGAAGAAGAUUGUUUUGGUGUGCAUAUUCAUUAGAUCGUCAAAUAUGUGUCUAUUUAGGAAGACCUUUUGGUAUACCUGAGGAAAGUAUAUCAACUAAAUUCCCAGUGGAAUUAGAUGAUUGUUUAAUAAACCCCAAUGAAGAACAUGAUUUCACAAAUACGUCAAAUUCAUUACCAACUUAUAAAAUCAUUUCUACAAAUUUUUUCAGAAUACGGAGAUUACAAGCUGAAGUUUUACAAGUGUUAUAUUUUACGUCAUCUCUUUUACCAAGAUUUUAUACAAAUUUAAAUGAUUGGAAAUCUAACAUUGAUAAUAGGUUAGAAAAUUGGUUCAAAACAAUUCCUCUCAAAACUUCAAGAAAAUCAAACUGUGAUUUUAAUUUUGAAUUUUUCAAAUUAAAUUAUUAUCAUACAAAACUUUUACUCUUUGGUAUAACUCCAAAAAAUAAUAAGGUUGAUAAUAAAGCUAUCAAGAUCAUAUUUGAAUCUUCAAAGGGAAUGAUUAUGUGCUAUGCAGAAUUUUUCAAAUCGAAAACAAUUAAUUACACUUGGGCUGCAGUACAUAAUUUAUUUAUGGCUGGUACAUCAUUUUUUUAUUCAAUUUUCCAUUCAAAUGAAAAAUUAAUUGAGUUUCAAGAAUUUGAAGAAACAAUUGGUAUUGUUACAAAGAUUUUAAACUCCUUAACUGAAAGUUGUGAUGCUGCUUCUCCAUGUGUUGAAAUAUUCGAAAUUUUAUCAUUGGCAAUGAUUAAAUUAAAAUUUGAAAACACUUCAAGUGAUGAUCAAUCUUCUUCAAAGCAAUUUGAAGAUAUAGAUAGAUUUUUCGAUCAAUUGAAUAAAAUAACGGAUCCAAACAAUAACGAUUCACACGUUUUCAAAGAUUUCCAAUAUUCUUCAGUUUUUGAUGAUACAACACCAGAAGAUUAUUAUGAUAAUCAAAAUUUCCAAAGUUUAUCAACACCUCCCACAACAACAUUUGCAGAAACUGCAACACAGGCUGAUCAUGAACAGCAAAGAAUAUUUGAUAUGAUAACUAGAGUAUCUAGUGACACGAUUUGGGAUCAAUUUUUUGGGAACAGUGGGUUUUAA